AUGCUUUCAUCGUCUGAUUUAACCAGCACUAAAAAAGAUGAGUGUUUAAAAAGCUUAAAUAAAAAAAUAGAAAAUAAUAAUUCUACAAAACAUGUAAAAAAAAAUUCUAAUAAUAUUUCUAAGGUUAGUAAAGGGUUAAAUCAAAAUAGCAAAGUAAAAAAUGAAAAAAAUAAUAAAAAAAAAAAAAUAAAAAAAAGUAGUAACUCAAGUAAAACGACAGUAAAAGCAAUGAUAGAUGAAGAUGAAGAAGAAGACAAAGAAAAUUUUUUUGCUGAUGCUAGAAAAUAUUUUAAAGAAGGCCAAAAAACUAUAACACCUCCAAAUGGUGACGGAACGAGAGCUUUUUAUGAAAGCUUAUUUGAAGAAAAUCCAAAUUCAGUUAUUGCAAUUAAAUAUUGUAUAGAACAUGGUGUUUUAAGUGGAACUAAACAUCAUGAAGCAUUAUAUAAAUAUUUUAUUCUUAAAAAGAAUAAUGCAUUUAAAAGUAACUUUGGAGGUAUAAAAUCUGAAUUUAUUAAAUUAUUAGAAGAUUCUUGUAAAAAUGGUAAAUAUUCUUAUGAAGAACUAGUAAAAAAAGAAAUUCUCAGUAAGUAA